UGGAUCGGAACAUCCCUAGUCUGUGGCGAGCUUUUAUGACAUAUGACUUUUAACUUAACCUGAAAAGUGUUUAUUUUGGCGGUUGAAAAUAUUUUAAAACUUUUUGUAGUCUGUUAGUUUUUUGUGUGAAUGUUUCGAGUAGAUUUUUUCUUUACAUUAUCACGUUUACAUGUAUUAAACUGAGUAGAUAACCGAAAGUUCUUGUUAUUAAUGUGUUGAGUAUAUUGUAUGUUUAGGGCAUUCCUCUAUUAGUGUUAUAAUGAAUAUUAACUGUGUUAUCUGCAGUGAGUUUUUUAACGCUUCAGCGGAGGUUUUCGCUACCAAGUGCGGACAUGUAUUCCACUACCCUUGUCUAAUAAAUUGGAUAGAAAGAUCAAAAACAUGUCCACAAUGCAGGCACAAAACCACAGAACAAUCCAUACAUCGGAUUUUCUUCAACAUACAAAACAUAGAUGGAAACAGUGAUAUGGGAGCAAUGCUCAAUAAAAUAGAUAAUUUAGAAUACCAGAAUAGAAUGUUAGAUAAGGAUGUCAAGAACUAUAAAGAAAAAAAUAGCUCACUCAAAAAGCAAAAUGAUCUUCUUAGACAAGAAGUAAGGUCUGUAGAAGCAAGCCUGAAAGCAUAUGAAAUGACAAUUAUCAGCCUAAAAGAACAGAUCUCAUAUUUCAAAUCAAAAUCUAAAGAAUCUGAGAAGCUUACAACUGAAAUUGUCAAUUUGAAAAACACCAUAAAAAAUAUGGAGAAUGCACACAUAGCCAUAAAUGGAACUAGGGACCAAGUUAAUGAAAUGUUGAGGAAUGAGGCAGAUGUUGAAUCACUUGCCAUAUAUGGUGCCAUGCUGAAAAAGGCUCUAAUUGAAACAGAGUCGAAGAAAAAAGAAGUGGACCAUGCUUUAAAAAAAUCGCAGUCUGAAGCUUCUCGCUAUAGGAAAGAGGUUCACAAUUUAGAAACCACUUAUACACAAAUAAAGAGAGAACUAGAGCAUUUAAAAAUCUCAACAGAUAAUGAAAAGCAGUACUUGAGAUCAAAGAUUUCUGAGUUGAAUGACAAGCUUACAGCUAGGAAUAGUAAUCAUGACAAUACAAGUCUAAAACGUGUAGCUCAAGAAAGCCCUGUAAAUUACACCAAAACACCUAAGUUAACUAAAUUGAAAGAGAGUGACAUACCUGCAUCUGAUAAACCAGAUGUCGAAUCACCAUAUCUGCAAUUAAAAUCAAAUGUGGGCAUUGGUUAUGGUCAAUUUUUGAAUGCAAAAUAUAUUUCCUCCAAAGAUCUUCCUAAGGAAGGUGCUUCCAAAUUGAAAACAUCAGCAAAAACAGAUAUCUUACAAACCAAUAAACAAUCUAAUGUAUGUUACAAUGGCUUAGGAGGAUCCAGCAAAGAUGAUGUAUUUCCUUCUCCAAAGUCAUCACAAACAUCCACUAGUAAGAGGAAAAAAAUUACCUGUACAAAGAACAAGUUCAAAAGACUAGCACCAUCUGCAAGUGCUUGCACAAAAUCUUCCGAUAUUUCUGAAAUGUUUGUAAGCCUAUCAGGGUAAGUUUUGCCAAAAUUGUACUUUCAUUAUCAG